AUGGACUUCAGAGAUUGGUGCGAGGGCGAAUUGGUCAGACUCACCGGGGCGAAAGGUACCUCUUCUUCACUGUUAGGGCGCCGGGCGAUGUGCGAGACGAGCCGAACUGAUGGGCUCCUCUUUCUGCCACCUCUCUCUCUCUCCCCCCCAGAUACGAGCUUCCUGGAGUUCUGCAUGAAGCAGUCGACCUCGGAGGCGAAAACGCUUCUGAGGGAGAACCUCGGCUCCCUCGACCGAGACCACGCCUUCAUCGACAAGCUGCUCAACUACAAGGAGCUCCUGCCGGCGGACGUGAUCGAGAUCGCCUUCCAGCCGCUGCCGAGCCACAGCGCCGCUCCGCGCCGUUCCGCCCCCGAGCCCGUCGCGCCGGCGGCGGCAGACGACGCCGACGCCGAUCUCGACGGCUCAGCCAAGGGCGGCGGAGGGAAGAAGAAGGGCAAGAAAGGGAAGAAGGUGAACCCCGCGGUUUUAGGGUUUAGCGUAGUCAGCAACCGGAUCAUGAUGGGCGAGAUCCAGAGCGUGGAGGAUUAG